UCUGAUUGCGCUUCAGCAUGCAGAUAUCCCGGCUCGGACGGCGAAGACCUGGGCCGCACAUCAGAUCGUACUACGUUGCCCAUAGCUCUGACCGCCCUUGCGCCCAAAGAACGGAGUCAAAGGAGCGGUAUGAACAUUUUGCGAAUUAGCUCAAGCUCUGACCUCGUGCUGCUGCUUCGGCAUCGAGGGGCAGACAAUCGUGAACCGAUGAAAUUGCCGAGGGCACUUCGUGGAGACGAGAGCUUCGCUAUCGACGCCCGCACCGUCCGGUGUAGCCAUCAUACGCGUUCCCUGCGCAGUGCUAGCAUUAGUGUCGGUUGAUAUAAAUAAGCCCUUCCUGGCAGCCCGAUCGAUAGGGCAAGAAGUCCAACCCCCACGAGGCUUGCUCGCUCAUUCCCGCAGCUCAUCCUCCCCUCAUUCACCACUCCUUGAUAGUCCCUUGUCCAACAUGAAGGUCGCAGCUCUCCUCUCCUCCUUGGCCCUCACCAGUCUGGCUGUGGCGGCGCCACUAGAUGGCAGUGUUGCUGCACCACAAGAGGUAGCGGGUCCUCGCGGCGGAAAGGUGAUGGACACCUACAACCGCGUUGCCAACGCCCACUCCACAAAGCAGAGACUGUCCUCGAACAUCCAAGUCGACUCUAGUGCUGCUGCAAGUCCUGCAUUCGACGUUGCCAUCCCCGCAGUCGAGGAGAUUGCCGCCGAUGUCGGUGCUGCACCAACCGUUGCUGAUGCUACCAACAACACUUCCACGCUCAAGUUCGGUCCCGCAGCAGCGCCAUUCCAAGUGGCCAACAAGAUUCCCACUGUCAACUUUACCGUUCCCACCAGCUGGGCCGGUCUGCUCCCUACCGGAUCUGACAAAUCUCGCAACCUGUUCUUCUGGCUUUGGGGCAAGGACAAGACGCCAUCUGAUGAUCUCGUUGUCUGGCUCAACGGUGGACCAGGCUGCUCAUCUCUCGGCGGCUUUUUGACGGAGAACGGCCCGAUCUCUUACCAGAGCACCACUCAGGGCGGACCCAAGCCUUCCAAGGACAGUUGGACCAAAGACGCGAACGUCGUCUGGGUUGAGCAGCCCGUUGGAACAGGCUUCACGGAGGGAACGCCUACAGCUCGCAGCGAAGAUGACAUUGCCGCCGACUUUGUUGGCUUCCUCAACAACUUCCAGGCCACCUUCCCCGAAUUGUUUGGCCAAGGAAAGCGGUUCUUCAUCACUGGUGAAAGCUACGGCGGCGCUUAUGUUCCUGCCAUCAUGAACCGCAUCUACAAGGAUGGCAACAAAUUUGGCCUGCUCGGCGGCUACAUCGUCGAUGGUGUCGUGACUGACCAGACCUUGCAGAGCGAUGUCGUCAUCUACAACUUUGCUAAGGACCCAACCAACAAGAAGAACCUGUACUUCCAGGACUCUGACAUUCAGGCCAUCAAGCGCCGUUCCGACACUUGCGGAUACACGGGCUACAUUGAAAAGUACCUCACUUACCCCGCCAAGGGCAAGCUGCCCGCGCUCAACUUGAACUGCCGAACUUCCCCUUGGGAGCUGUUCGACCAGCUGGCCACGAGGAGAAAUGCCAUGUACAAUGUGUACCGCGUGGAUGGCUCUCGCGUCAGCCCCUUCACCACUUCUCCUCUUGGCGAUCCCAACAACCCCACCUCCACCCCUACCUACUUUGACAAUUAUGACCUCCAAGUGGCCAUUCACGCCAUCAAGAAGGGAGCAGUUCAAAAGAAGUGGGAUCAGUGCGCCAAGAAACCGGUCUUCCCCAACGGAGAUGCAAGCCCUCCUCCCGACGAGACGUACCUCGCCUCUGUCAUUGAGAAGUCCAAGAGCGGACUGAUUAUCGCUCAAGGUAACCAGGAUGCUCUCAUCAUCACCAACGGUACCCUCAUUGGUCUGCAGAACCUCACCUGGGCGGGCCAACAAGGCUUCUCCAAGCCUCCCACUCAGCAAUUCAUCGAUGCUUACGGAGCUCAGUCCGGCUCUUUCGUCACUGAGCGUGGUCUGACGUUUGCUCAGGUGUACAAGAGCGGUCACAUGAUUCCAGCGGACCAACCUGGCGCUGGUCUCGCUUUGCUGCAGUCUCUGCUCGGCACGAAGAAGUUGUAGAGUUGAUGCUUGCAGACCGUAGCAUACCCUUCGCAGGCAUGCCUUUCGAAUUCCUCAUCCUCGCAUUGCUCGCAUCUCAUCAAAGACUUGCUGGCGUCUUUGUGCAUCUUCGCAAAUGCAAACCGACCUCUUUUGGCUCACCUCAAUUUGCGUUUCUCCUUUGCUAAACUUGCUCUCUGCUCCACUGCUCGACACUCACGACUGCUGAACGAUGCACCCCUCCAGAUCAAUUCUGCACUCUGACCACGACCUUUGGCUGGCAAUUACUCAAGUGUGCUAUACAAUCACCAAUCUCGAAUGGGAUGC